CAGACCAAUCGUUGGCGAGGGAGGUGCAACGGCACUUAAAAAGAAGGUUUGUUUGAUAAAUAUUCAACAUUUGCACCCGACUCCAGAUCACUGAACACAGAGGGACACUCUGCACUCAGCAACUGUUACAUGUAACAGAGAUGAAGAACUUUAUUCAAUCCGUCCUCAUUCUCAUCGCUGUGGUCAUGUCAGCAGCACAGGAAGACCUGAUAUAUGCUCAGGAGGGACAGACGGUUACCCUGAAACCUCCAGCAGGGACUAAUCCACAAACACAUUAUUCCUACUGGGAGUUCAAUGAGAAGCAAGUUGCCUGGCGUAAUCCCUUUGCUGGAAAGGCGGUCGAAGAUCAUAAAGAUUCAUUGCUCUUGACUGAAGACUCAGCACUGGUCAUCAAAGGCAUCAAACAAAAUCUCUUCGGGACUUUUACCUGUAACAUUUUUAAGAAUGGGAUUCGUGACAAACCCCAGGCCACGAUCACAUAUAAAAUACUCAAACUCAGUGUGACUAUGGACCCAUCCUCUCCUUUGCUGCCUGGGGAAGAUCUGUCUCUGAACUGCAACGCAGAGAGUCCUAAGAAUUACAAGCCACGGAUACACUGGCUGAAUCCCCAGGGACAGGAAAUAAACAGACAAAGUAUUCAAAAGGAAGCCACGGGCAAAGACAAGGGAGAGUGGACCUGUGUGGUGACAUAUUCUAAUAAAGAAAGCGAAGCCAAAAUUUCUGUCACGCUUGUGGACCUCUCCACAGCUCAUUCCAAUAUUCAAUAUACGUCUAAAUCCUCGUCUCUCACCAUCCCCUGUUCCACUACCACCUCCUGGGACAUACUCAAAGCUAGGGACAUUGAGGGAGGAAAGUGGGAAUUCUUCGCUAAGCCGGGCUCGAGUCUAAAAUCUAAUGCUCCACAGACGCUCUUCUCCCUCUCUCUGGAUCCACUGAAGUGGACGCCAGUCCAAGACAAUGGACUGAAUUAUGACCCUAAACUUCAAAAUGGAAUUCUGUCUUUGAAGAGAAAUCAAGGGAAAGAUGGAGACAGUGGAGACUAUGUAUGCUCUCUCACAUUUAAAAAUGAUGUAACUCUGAACAGGACAGUAACAGUACAUGUGCUGCAAAUCACCUCCUCCCCGGGAAUAGAGAUAAUUUCAGGCCAACAGGUCAACCUGACUUGUGGUUUGGGCAGUCCGCUGCCCUCUGACCUGCAGCUGAAAUGGUUCCCACCUGGACAAACGUCCCUGCCGUCUCUGCAAUCUGACCAACACCCCGCCCAUCUCAUCAUCCCGGAAGUGGGUAUGGGAGAUAGCGGAAAGUGGAGGUGUGACCUGUUGCGGAACAGAACACGGCUUACGUCAGCUGUGAUAACGCUGAAGAUCGAGCCCAAGAUUACUGUGUGGAUGAUAGUGCUCAUAUGCAGUGUCACAGUCAUCGCAAUCCUCCUCCUCUUCGUCGUUUUCAUCCUCUACCGACGCAGACAACGGAAGAUGACACACCUCAGGCAUCGACUCUGCCGAUGCAAAAACCCCCAGCCCAAAGGAUUCUACAGAUCAUAAUAACUCCCAGAAAGACAUUUUGAAGAGGACUCGCAACCAAUUGAAUUUCUAUCCAGAUAAGAUGGAUUUUUCUGUAAUGUCUACUACACUGUGAUCCUCUGCUAGGUGUGUUAGAUGAGGCUCUGAAAGUUUAACACAAAGUUCCAUCAAUGCUGAAAUUUUCACAAAAAUGUAUUUUACAGUUGUACAUAUCUUUGGAUUGUUUUAUAUUUGUAAAAUGUAAUCGAUUUCUUCCAGACUUCACAUUUUAAUUAUUAUUGUUUGUGAUUAUUACUGUUAAUAAUUGUUAUACUCUCUUUCAUUCAUUGUUCUCAGAUCUGUCUUUUUGUUGUGCUAUGUUAUGUAUUUUUAUGCUGUUCUAUAAUACUGCCUUGAUAGACUUGGUUAAUGGUUUUAAUGAAUAUUUACAAAUAUAUAAUUUUAAGAAUGUGCAAAAUACUGUAUUACAUAAAUAAAAAAAUGACUCUUUU